AACAAGAAGAGGGUCCUGUGCUGCGGCACCGCCGUGUAAUUGAGGUCCUACGAUCCCUUGGAGGAGUCUUGGCGGCGGUGGGGGCCGCCCUAUGUAAGGCCCUGGAAGCGACCAGGUCCAGUUCAUCCAGCAUCAGGACUCCACUGCGCGUCAGGACUCGCGCCGCCGAUUGUCAGUGAUUAUCCUUCGAUUCGGAUCAUCCGCGAGGAAGAUAGCUUUGGAAGGGAAUCUUCGGAAGAGUACCCCUUCGUCCUGGUGGAGAUCGACCAACUGUCGUCGAUGCAAGAGAGAAAGACGAAGAAUACAUCACAAAAAAGAUGAAAGUGAACGUGACAUUGAUCGUGGUCCUUGCUCUAGGACUCGUGGAUGCGGCCAGAAGAAGAGUCAGAUCCACGACGGCGACGGUAACGACGACGCCGGCGUCGUUCGUCAAUAGACAGUUCGCCUUCGUUGGGCAACCUGAAGAAGUAGAGACUCUGUGGGAAAACUUUGACAUCCAGAAACUGGACGACCGCUCGGAGAUCUUGAGGAACGCUUCGCUGAAUCAUGACGAAGCCAUUCUGAGCAAGCAAUACCCGGGACUUCCGAGCAAUCCUGGUGACACAAACGAGCUUCCGAGUCCCAUCUUGCCGCCGAUACCACCGUCGCAGAAGCCUCCACCGGGCUGCCAGGGUCCGAGAGGCCAGUACCCGAGCCCGAAAAGCUGCGCCAAUUAUCUGAAUUGCUGGGACGACGUGGUGAUCGAGCAAACCUGCCUGAACGGCUUGCUCUUCAACGAUGUCGCCGGUUACUGCGACUUCCCUUUCAACGUCAAUUGCGGCGAUCGACCGCCCGCCACGCCGAAACCAUCAUUACCGCCAGAAUCGAAAUAUUGCCCGGAUCCGAACGAACGUUACAGAAGCUCGACCAACUGUUCGGAAUUCUACGUAUGCGUCGCGGGCAAACCGACCAAAUUCAGCUGUCCUCGCAGUCUGGUCUACAAUGACGUACUAAAUGUUUGCGAUUAUCUACGCAAUGUGGACUGCAAAGGCGCGGCCACGCCGAAUCCACCAAAGCCUACCCAACCACCAACUCAAUCUUCACAAACACCGACACAACCUUCGCAAUCACCGACUCAAACUUCACAACCGCCGACUCAACCUUCGCAAUCACCGACUCAGAUCUCGCAAUCACCUUCGCAACCCUCUCCCACCAACCCCCCACAACCACCCAUUUAUCCCCCACAACCGGCUUAUCCUCCUCAACCGCCGAUCUAUCAACCGCAGCCUUAUCCACCACCGCCCCCCUCGUAUUCCAGGAAUCCUUGGCUGGGCAAAGUCGAGUCUGAUCCCUGGCAUCAGCGAUCACAGGCGCUCCAGCUGGAGAUCAACAAAGAAAAUCCCACUCAAGAAGCGACCGAUAAUCAACUAUUAAACAAUCGGCCCACGCCUAUCGUGACCGAAACGUCCGAUCUGGUGAACUCGUGGCCUCUGUUCCAGGUGAUACCAAGCGAGUUGGCGAAUACUACGUGUAACAAUGGCGACGUGCACAAACUUAAUGAUGCCUGCACUAACGUUGUAGUUUGCAGGAACAGUAAGCCUCAAAUGGUGAGGUGUUCAACGGGCUUUUCAUAUGAUAAGCCAUCGGACUCCUGUAGGCCCUUCAACAUUGCCAAAUGCUAAUUAACGAGAAGUUUUUUAGAAUUCAAGCCUUGUACUAAGGAUGCGUAUCGAUUGAACUUCAAUAUAGUAUAACAUUUGUAAUAAAUUACCAUGUUAAUUGUCUUCUACCAAUUUUCGAUAUCUGUGCAAUAUUCAAUCCGAAUUUAAAUUGAAAAUUUGCCAAUAAGCAGUUUUAUUGAGAGAUAAGACGUUUAAGAUAAAAUAAAUAAAUGA